AUGAUGCAAAGAACUUACUCUCUUAGGUCUGCGAGGGCACCUACUGCAUCUGAUUUGCAGAGUCCUAUUGCCGUUCCUAUUUCCACUACAAAGAAGGGCAGGUUCUUCGGUGCUGGCUCAAUUGCCAACAGCAUUAGAAGAACUACUGCAGGUCAAUUUGGCCCAGAACUAUCCAAGAAAUUAGCACAGUUUGUUAAGAUGGAAAAAAAUGUUAUGAGAGCAAUGGAAGUUUGCUCCCACGAAAGAAAGGCUGCUGCUAAGCAAUUGUCCCUUUGGGGUGCCGAGAAUGAAGAUGACGUUUCAGAUAUUACCGACAAAUUGGGUGUUCUUGUUUAUGAGGUUGGUGAAUUGGAGGACCAAUUCGUUGACAGAUACGAUCAGCACAGAAUUACUUUGAAGAGCAUCAGAGACAUUGAAGCUUCUGUUCAGCCUUCAAGGGACCGGAAGGCAAAGAUCACCGAUCAAAUCGCCUACUUGAAGUAUAAGGAUCCACAGUCACCUAAGAUUACAAUUUUGGAGCAGGAAUUGGUUCGUGCUGAAGCCGAAUCUCUUGUUGCAGAGGCUCAGUUGUCUAACAUAACCAGAGAAAAGUUGAAAGCUGCCUUUUCCUACCAGUUUGACUCUAUCAGAGAGAACUCUGAGAAGGUUGCAUUAAUCGCCGGUUAUGGUAAGGCUCUUUUGGAAUUGUUGGAUGACUCUCCUGUCACUCCUGGUGAGACUAGACCUGCCUAUGAUGGAUACGAAGCUUCUAAACAGAUCAUUGUUGAUUGUGAGAAUGCUUUAGCAUCGUGGACUUUGCAGAGUGCUCAAGUUAAGCCUACUUUAAGUUUCAAGGCUAAUGAUGGUCUUUACGACGGCGAUGAUGAUUUGGCAGAUGGUGUUGACAAUUUGCACGUUUCUGAUCAAGAUUGGGAGGAGGGUCAGCAACAGGAGCAUGAAGAGCCGGCUAAGGCUACUGCCUGA